GUAUGGUAUAUGUUAAAGUUAGUCUGUGCUGCAGGAUAUUUGAACUAUAGUGUCUUUAGAAACUAGUAUAUUAGGAAACUCUUAUUGGAUUAUGCAUUUCUAUCUCACUUUUGUAAAAUUGGAUGUGUGGAAUAAGGAAGUUCUAACAUUGGUUAACAAUGUGUUUUAGUAAAUUAAGUGCAAGAUCCAUGUAAUUAUUGUGUUAAGAUUUUGAGUAAGGAUGUGUUGUCAGUUUAUUUUUUUUUUUUGUAGUUUCUCGUUUUUUGUCGGUUGAUAAGGGUUUCUCUUCCCUUCACUUUCAUCGUCCAUCUCUAAUAAGUGGUAUCAGGGACGAUGAUUUUGUUGGGCUGUGUAUUAGUUGACAGCGGUCUACGUAUGGGCUUAGUCCAUCGUUCACCAGUAAUUUCAUAAACAUGCAAGGGCUUCUGCUCGAAGGAGGGUAUAGAAAUGUGAAUAUACAUCUCUCCAAAACUAAUGUUUGUUCUCAAGUACCUAUACAAUGCUUGUAAUACGAAAAAAUUUAGAAAACCUUUAUUGAUAAAUAACUCGGUGUUGCCAUUGAUUCCACUUUUCGAAUGGGGCAAAAUUGAUUUUCGAGGUCCUAUAUCUAAACUUUUAAAGAAACAAUGGGAGCUGGAGGCCAUGCCACUGCCCUUAAACACAAGCAUCAAAAGCCUCUCUCAAGAGUUCCACACACUAAGCCUCCAUUCACUAUUAGCCAAUUGAAGAAAUCAAUUCCACCACAUUGCUUUAAACGUUCCAUCCUCAUUUCAUUCUCCUAUGUUCUUCAUGACCUUUCAAUAUCUUUCCUUCUCUACAUUUCCACCACUUACUUCCACUUUCUUCCACACCCUUUUUCAAUCCUUCUUUGGCCUAUCUAUUGGAUCCUUCAAGGUUGCAUUCUCACUGGUGUUUGGGUGAUUGCUCAUGAAUGUGGUCACCAUGCAUUUAGUAACUAUCAAUGGCUUGAUGAUCUUGUUGGUUUCACACUUCACACUUCACUUCUAGUCCCUUAUUUCUCAUGGAAAAUCAGCCACCGCCGCCACCACUCCAACACAGCAUCACUUGAAAGUGAUGAAGUUUUUGUCCCAAAACAAAAAUCAAAUGUUGGUUGGUAUUUUAAGCACUUAAACAAUCCAUUGGGAAGAGCUUUUACUCUUUUAAUCAUACUCACAUUAGGAUGGCCUUUAUAUUUAGCUUUCAACGUUUCUGGUAGACACUAUAACCACUUUGCAAGCCACUUUCACCCUUAUGCUCCUAUUUAUUCUAAAAGAGAAAGACUUCUGAUUUUUCUUUCUAUUGCUGCUGUUUUUGCUGCUACUUAUUUUCUCUACUUGAUUGCAACUUUGAAAGGGCUUGUUUGGUUGAUAUGUGUUUAUGGUGUGCCAUUGCUUAUUGUGAAUGGUUUUCUUGUAACAAUAACUUAUUUGCAACAUACUCAUUUUUCUUUGCCUCAUUAUGAUUCAAAGGAAUGGGAUUGGUUAAGAGGUGCUUUGGCAACUGUGGAUAGAGACUAUGGGAUUUUGAACAAAGUGUUUCAUCAUAUAACUGAUACACAUGUGGCUCAUCAUAUUUUCUCUACAAUGCCACAUUACCAUGCAAUGGAAGCAACUAAUGCAAUGAAGCCUAUAUUGGGUGAGUAUUACCAAUUUGAUGAUACGCCUUUUUAUAAGGCAUUGUGGAGAGAAGCUACAGAGUGUCUCUAUGUGGAACAAGAUGAAGGAACUUCUCAAAAGGGUGUUUAUUGGUAUAGGAACAAGUUUUGAGAGUUGAAAAAAAUCAUGUCUUGUAUCAGUUAAUUAAGAAGCUAAAUAAGUUGAUUUGUCAUGUAAUGAACUAGUGUAUUAGUAGUAUUAUGAAUUUAGUUUUUUUUUUUAAUUAAAAAAAUGUGGAAAAAGUGAGGUGUUUUGAAUAAGUUUGUUGUAAUCAUGGUUAUUAUUAUAAUGUAAAAAUAACAGUGUGUGGAAAGAGUCUUGUGAUUAUUUGUAUUAGUGAUAAUUUUUGUGUGUU